AUGGCAGCCAGAGAAAUUGUAUGUUAUGAGGUGGAGCACAUGCACAGGCACCAGCACAGGGGCUUCAUACUCAACAAGGCUUCAAAUAAUCCCGGUUUCCCUGAAGGCCGCCAUGCAGAGCUGUGCCUCCUGGACCCGAUUUCCUUUUGGAAGCUGGACCUGGCCCAGUGCUAUAGGGUCACCUGCUUCAUCUCCUGGAGCCCCUGCUUCAGCUGUGCUGAGAAGGUGGCUGAAUUCCUUCAAGAGAACCCACACGUGAACCUGCGCAUCUUCGCUGCCCGCAUCUAUGAUUAUCAACGAGGAUAUAAAAAGGGCCUGCGCAGGCUGGACAGAGCUGGGGCCUCAAUUUCCGUGAUGAAAUACAGCGAGUUUAGGCACUGCUGGGACACCUUUGUGGAUCACCGGGGCCACCCCUUCCAGCCCUGGGAGGGAUUAGAUGAGCAUAGCCAAGACCUGAGUGGGAGGCUGCAGGCCGUUCUCCAGGGAAACUGAUGGAUGAGCCUCAGUCUCUAAGGAAGGCAGAGACCUGGGUUGAGCAGCAGAAUAAAAGAUCUUCUUCCAAGAAAUGCAACCAGACUGUUCACUGCCAUCUCCAGCUGAUCACAGAUGCCAGCAAAGCAAUGCGCUCCUGACCAAGCAGAUUAUUUUAAAAAUUAGAGUGAAUUACCUUCAAUCAAAAAUUUAUGUGCUAUAGUAGUAAGAUUGUGCUCAAUACAGUCAGAAAAGUUUCAAACCUACUAAUCCAGUGACAAUUUGAAUUGGUUUUAUAUGUAGAGGAAUACAAUGAAAUACUAAAUAUU